CGAUGAUUCCUCAUGAAUAUUCAUCAUCACAAACAUGGCGCCGUCCAUGGUUGUGUUGGUUGCUGUGAACCUUUUGCUGGAACAAAGUCUGUUGACGAGUGGCUUUACGCAUUGGGUUGUCACUGAAGAUGGAAGAGUACAAUCUCAGGCGGACAGUGUAUUCAACCUGCGACGGCCCUAUGAUCUUGUGGAGUUUAUGAAACAGGAAGAGAGAGCCACCACUAUUAAUAUUUUGAAAAAAGAACUCCAGAUACGGAAACAUGAGAUUGAUAAAAAUGAAGAUAGAGAUACAGGUCUUGAGCAAAGGUUCUACAAGACAGAUCCCAACUGUGUGGAAGCAGGGAAGCCCCUUCCGGAGUUCGACCUGUACAUUUCUACAGUGCUGCCUCUGGAAAACAAGGGGAUCCGGCCAGAUGAACAUAUCGAGGUCAAUGCUAACCUGCCGGAGACGCCCAUGGCACCAGUCUGCCUCGACGUGACUGAUCUCAACUACAGCAUACAUGCGUUUGAGCAUCUUGAGGGUUUAAAAGACAGACAGAAUUUAUCCGGCACCCCAGAGCUUGGGCUGAAGAAUGCCAUUACACAUCGAGAAAAUGUGGAUGACUACGGCCAUCUUGUUUACGAGGCCUUACAGAAGAAUAAGACGUCAUGGGUUUUAUACAACAUGGCUGCCUUCUACUGGCGCAUCAAGGGAGAUCCUUAUCAUUCCAUUGAAUGUGUCCGGAGAGCUCUCCACUACUCCCCCCGAUCACAGAAGGAUGUAGCUCUCAUAAGUCUGGCCAACGUGUUGCACCGGGCCCGGUAUUCUAACGAGGCAGCCAUCAUUGUACAUGCAGCCCUGGAUGUUUCUAAGGAACUCAACGUCAAUCAUUUUACUCUUGGAAAUAUCUAUGCGGUGCUAGGGGAGUAUAACAAGUCGGUGAUAUGUUUUGAGAACACCCUGAAGAUUCAGCCGGACUUCGAGGCAGCGGCCAAGAGGAAGCAUGCAGUACUGUGUCACUCCAAGCUGGAGGCAGCUCUAGAAGCCCAACAUCGGUCCCUACAGAAGACAUUGAAGGAACUUAAAGAAUACCAGCGGAAACACGACCACUGGCAGACGCAGCAGGACAAGCUGGACUUUGAACAAGUCUCACCAGAGGUCAAGGCCGCACAACAGAUAGCAUAUGAGACACAGAAGAUAAAAGUGAUGCCUUCAGAAAUAGGGGAGUAUUGCCGUAUGGAACUUCGCGAUGGGAAGCAGGUGCUUGUCUGUUCCUGGAGUAAACGUAGAGGGCCAUUGGAUUUUGACUCGCACAGUUCCAAGAUGAAAGAGGGUGAGAAGGGAUCCGAUUACAUUCAGAAGAGAGGCAAGAAGCAGGUGGACUACUCCAAACCUGUCAGGCCACCAAUGUAUUCAAAAAAUAAAGUCCCUCCUCCAAAGACAAACAUGGAGCACAUGAUUGAGGAGUGGCCCCAGAAGGAAGAGUGUGACACAUACGUCCAGAAGGUGCCGGAUCCCCGCAACCUCACCACAACCUACCUGUCUCCUGAAAAUAAAGGCUUUGAAGUAAAAGCAUUGCUCACUGAAGCUCAAAACUUAAAACCAGGGGGAGAACACCCGUUGCCAUGGUACCCACCAGUGUGUGUCCCCCUGCUGGAAAUCCCAGACGUCAACCGGCGCACCUACGAUCAUCUCAAAUCCAUGGCAUACUCAGAGAAGAGCAAGAUCCCACUGAAAUAUAACGACCCCUCAAUGAGACCGAUUCUGUUGGCCCAUGUGAACAACCCAAUAGUGACCGAGGAGGAAGUUGGACAGAGAAUACUCACAGCAUUGAAAGAGAAUAUUGGCCCAGGCUGGGUGUUAUACAACCUAGCUGGGAUGUACUGGCGCAUCAUUGGUAACAACUACCAUGGUAUUGAGUGUAUCCGCAGAUCGUUGCAUCUUGUACCUGACGAGUACCGAGAUGUACCACUAGUAAACUUGGCUAAUAUCUUCUACCGCUACGGUCGAUACGACGAUGCAGUGACAGUGUUGCGGGAUGCUCUGAGUGUUAAUGACUGGGAGCCAUCAACUCAUUUCUUCUUUGGCAAUGUGUUAUGGGCAACUAACAACUACACCGGGGCAGUGUGGCACUAUCGGCGGGCCCUGGAGGGGCACCCAGACAACGUGGAGGCGUUCAACACGCUGAGGGCGAUACGCUGCCACCAGAAGUACCAUCAGGCUACCCAGAGUGCAGCACCCCAGGAACUUCCUGCACAGCCCGUGGGCAGCAACUGUCAGCCGAAGGUGUUUACUACUAACCAACAAGCAGAGAGCAGAGUUAUCUGUAAACUGGAGAAUGGUGAAGAGAAGUGUAUAAUAGAGACAAGAACUCGGCACAAGUCCAGCGACUGCAACGGCCACUGCACACAGACCUGCACCAUCAGCCCGGUGAAGAUGGACACCUGUUCAGGGGGCGGCGAGGUCACAGUGGAUCAGACAGGCUUAAACCACAGACUUCACAUCCAUUGUCGACUGGUCAAAAAUAAAAAGCUCAAAAACAGUGGUGGAAGUCAGUGUGCUCAAAAGGGAGGUAACUCUCAGUGCUCAGGAGACAAUGAGGAUAUCCUAUUCAGCGGUGACUUUACGAGUCGGCUGGAUGAAGUCAGCGAAUACUACGAGAAGAAAGGACUUUGUCAGGGAGAGGAAUGUAACCAACUGCGGGUGCAGUGUCUCAUUCCAAUGAAGACGCACUCAGGUUUGCUGGCUCAUGUGAUCACGCCACCCAAAUUGUUUGUGCGGCCCGUGUCUCUGCACACGACCCAAUGUAUGCAAGGAGGACAGAAGCCACACAUUAAGCUGGAGUUUGUGGAUGGAGUCCUCCACCAGAAGCUGAUCUUUGUUCAGGCAGCGUCCGAUCUACACGUGGAAGCCAAUGAGUGUGUCAUAUUUAACGACGGGUCGAAAUCUAGCGGAUGCAAUCAGCCUGAAUAUAGAGCUUAUAUACUGGAGGUGGACACUGUGAAGUUGGAGCAGGAUGUUGAAGCCUUGGAGAAGCUGGUCAGCCAACACCUCAAGUCCUGUCGCCGGAUCGAGGAUGCUCUCGCUGCCUCCAGCGAGGAGGAAUAUGAUAUCAACAAUGUGCCAGCGCCCCCUGGUGGUCCCCUCGGAUAUCAGGGGCCUCAGGUAGACGACUGUCUGCCUCUGCCGGACAUGGAACUGCCAGAUACCUCCAUCCAUGCCAAGAGUGGAUAUGAUGUAGACUUUGACCCAGUGAUCUGCUCGUCCAUCAGGGAGGUAGACUUUCGGCAGUUCACGUCAACAUGGCUGUCAGUCACAGCCAAGGGGAUCGAUUUGUCUGACCACCUCGACUUUGAGAUGGUGAUAAAGGACACAGUGGACGAGCCGGAGUGUCGGGGGAAGAUGGCGUCCAGCGUCAUCGGCUUCGACCACCUACCAGGUGUGAAGUGUCGAGCUGGACUGGACUACUCGGGAGAGCUUGGACUCAGAGAUGUGUUGCAGCGGCUAGGAGGGAAUGAUGAGCCUGUCCAGGUGGUUGGGGCUCGUAUAGCACAUGCAUUGAAGGAGAAUGCCACGUCGUGGGUGUUGGCAAAUUUAGCGGCUCUCUACUGGAGGGUGGAGGGGGAGGCCCCAAGAGCCAUCAACUGUCUCCGACUUGCACUGACAUAUGCCCCCCGAGAAUACAGGGACACAGCACUGAUCAGCAUGGCGAACGUGAUGCACCAGACCGACAACCUAAACGAUGCUAUAGUCAUCACUAACAUGGCGCUAGAAACAUCCGCUAAUCUAGCUGUGUCACAUUUCACUCUUGCCAACCUGUAUGCAGCAAAGGAACAAUGGGACCAUGCUGUGCUGUUUUACAAAUCAACGCUCUCAUUACAGUCCCACUUCAAGCCUGCCCGAGAUAGACUAAAUUAUAUCCUAUGUAAAGCUUAUGCAUAAACACAGUCCCAGUCCUUAUUGUCAGCAA